AUGAUUCCCACCGGAAGCAACACCAUCACACAUCAUCCUUCCGUCUAUCACCUCCAGCACUUGCCUUCCAGUCGCAGCAGCUCCAAGUCGCCCACUGUCCGCCAUGCAUCUAGUACUGCAGUAGAGACUGUACCGCCGAUGAGCAGUGAUGACGCUGUAGAGCGCCAUCCCUCUCAUGCCACCGAUGUCGAAAGCCAAGUCACCGUCGGGCGUACAUUACGGUUUCCUCGUGUUGCGGCCGAGAGCGAUCCUUUUGGUCUCUCCUCGGCAUACAAGACGGAUUCAGAUCUUGAGCAAAUCAAGGCCAACUCGUCGCGCAAGAGAGGCGGCGGUGGUGGCAAGCUCGAUGCUGCCCCCAAGCUUGAUGCACGCAAAGUCCGCGGAUUCUACCAGAACCAAAAUGCUGCCAUUGAGCGCAUGCUGAAAUCCGUCGAGGAGCAUCGCGCUGAUGCUCGCCAGGAGCAAGGCGACGACCAGCUCAAGUUCAAGAUUGCCAUCUGGGGCUCAUUCACCGCCAAUGUCAUUCUUGCCAUCCUGCAACUCUAUGCCGCUAUUUCCUCGGGGUCUCUGUCUCUGAUUACCAGCAUGGCUGAUGCUGUGUUUGACCCUCUGAGCAACCUGACUUUGAUCUUGUCCAACCGUGCCAUCAAGAGGGUCGACCCCAGGCGGUUUCCUGCCGGCAAGGCUCGUCUUGAGACGGUCGGAAACAUUCUCUUUUGCAUGCUCAUGACAUCGGUUUCGUUGAUCAUCAUUGCGUUCGCUGUCCAGCAGCUGAUUACGAAGCGUGACGACAAGGAGUUUCACAUUCCUUCUGUAAUCUCUGUUUGCGUUGCCUUUGCCACAAAGUUUGCCCUCUUCCUCUACUGUUGGGGUCUCAAGGACAAGUACAGCCAAAUCAAUAUCCUCUGGCAGGACCAUCGCAACGACCUGGCUGUCAACGCCGUUGCCAUUUUGACUAGUGUCGGUGGUUCCAAGAUUGUUUGGUGGCUUGAUCCUGCUGGUGCCAUCCUGCUGUCUAUACUCAUCUCAACUGUGUGGAUGCGCACUGCUUUUGGUGAAUUCUUGCUCUUGGUCGGCGUUUCGGCUUCGGUCGAGUUCCAGCAGCUCAUCACAUAUGUGUGUCUGACGCACUCGGAUGCCGUGGAGGGAAUCGAUACCGUGCGCGUAUAUCAUUCGGGACCACGUUUGAUUGCCGAGGUUGACAUUGUCAUGGAUCCCGACUGCUCGCUGAGAGAGUCGCACGAUAUCGCCGAAGAGCUUCAGAUAAAAUUGGAGAGCCUUCCCGAUAUUGAGCGAUCAUACGUCCACAUUGACUAUGAGACUACGCAUAAGCCAGAGCAUUUUUUCAAAAAGGAUCUUUGA